CCGGCCGCGGUCCCUGAACGCAGCAUCUUCACUUCCCGGAAACAGCGGUCUCAUCCACCAAAAUGGCGACGCUGACUGUGAGCCGGCUGCCCGUCGGGGGUUUCAGUUUCGAAAACUGCAAGAGAAAUGCAGUUUUGGAAGGGGAAGGUAACAAACUAGGAUGGAGCAUGCCCGCUGCACGCAAGACAGGAACCACCAUCUGUGGCAUCGUCUACAAGGACGGCGUCAUCCUUGGAGCUGACACCAGAGCCACCGAGGGCAUGGUGGUGGCAGACAAGAACUGCUCCAAGAUCCACUUCAUCUCAUCCAACAUUUACUGCUGUGGUGCAGGAACAGCUGCAGACACGGAGAUGACCACCCAGAUCAUCUCCUCCAACCUGGAGCUGCACUCGCUCUCCACUGGCCGGGUGCCACGCGUGGCCACCGCCAACCGCAUGCUCAAACAGAUGCUCUUCAGAUAUCAGGGCUACAUCGGUGCUGCUCUCGUCCUGGGAGGAGUGGACUGUAACGGCCCUCACCUAUACAGCAUCUACCCCCACGGCUCCACUGACAAGCUGCCCUACGUCACCAUGGGCUCCGGCUCACUAGCUGCCAUGGCCGUGUUUGAAGAUCGCUACAAGCCAGACAUGGAAGAAGAGGACGCAAAGAGGCUGGUUCGUGAUGCCAUCGCUGCAGGGAUCUUCAACGACCUGGGCUCUGGCAGCAACAUCGACCUGUGCGUCAUCACCAAGGGCAACGUGGACUACAUCAGGCCUCACGAUGAAGCCAACAAGAAGGGAGUCAGGCUGGCCGAGCUUGAAGCCUUGACGCCGACUGGCGACUACAAGUAUAAACGAGGAACCACAGCCGUGCUGACGAAGGCUGUGACCCCCCUGGAUCUGGAACUGCUGGAGGAGUCAGUCCAAACCAUGGAUACAUCCUAAAACAGUCUUCUCUUGAUGCCAGUCACUACCCCUCAUAUUUGUUUUCUCUAAAGUUACAAAUAAAUUUUUUUCCUUAAAGCCUC